GUCCUGGGGUGGUGGCGGGUUAGGUAGAGGCAGAGGAAGCGGCAGGCUGGCAGCGAGCUUUAUAUCAGUGAACGAAAAUUGCAAAAAUAAAACGACAGAUUGCGGUUUGCACUGAAAACACAGGUAGCCAUGGAGUCGUACGACAUCAUAGCCAACCAGCCCGUGGUGAUCGAUAAUGGAUCUGGGGUUGUCAAAGCCGGGUUUGCAGGAGACCAGAUCCCAAAAUACUGCUUCCCAAACUAUGUAGGACGUCCCAAACACGUGCGGGUGAUGGCGGGCGCUCUGGAGGGGGACCUCUUCAUCGGACCCAAAGCUGAGGAGCACAGGGGGCUGCUCUCAGUGCGCUAUCCCAUGGAGCACGGCAUUGUGAGGGACUGGAACGACAUGGAGCGAAUCUGGCAGUACGUCUACUCCAAGGACCAGCUGCAGACCUUCUCUGAGGAGCAUCCUGUGCUGCUGACAGAAGCCCCGCUGAACCCCAGUAAGAACCGCGAGCGCGCGGCCGAGGUGUUCUUCGAAACUUUCAAUGUGCCGGCGCUCUUCAUCUCCAUGCAAGCCGUGCUGAGCCUGUACGCCACGGGCCGGACCACGGGCGUGGUGCUGGACGCGGGCGACGGCGUGACCCACGCGGUGCCCAUCUACGAGGGCUUCGCCAUGCCGCACUCCAUCAUGCGCGUGGACAUCGCCGGGAGGGACGUGUCCCGCUACCUGCGCCUGCUCCUGCGCAAGGAGGGCUACGACUUCCACACCUCGGCAGAGUUCGAGGUGGUGCGCACCAUCAAAGAGAGGGCGUGCUACUUGUCGAUCAACCCCCAGAAGGACGAGACACUGGAGACGGAGAAGGCUCAGUACACUCUACCUGACGGCAGCACUCUGGAUAUCGGGCCGUCUCGGUUCCGGGCUCCAGAGCUGCUGUUCCGGCCCGACCUGAUUGGAGACGAGAGCGAGGGGAUCCAUGAGGUGCUGGCCUUCUCCAUCCAGAAAUCGGACCUGGACCUGCGGCGCACCCUCUUCUCAAACAUCGUGCUGUCUGGGGGCUCCACGCUCUUCAAAGGCUUCGGUGACCGGCUGUUAAGCGAAGUGAAGAAGCUGGCACCCAAAGAUGUUAAAAUUAAGAUCUCCGCGCCUCAGGAGCGAUUGUACUCCACGUGGAUCGGGGGCUCCAUCCUGGCUUCUCUGGACACCUUCAAGAAGAUGUGGGUCUCCAAGAAAGAGUACGAAGAGGACGGGGCCCGGGCUAUCCACAGGAAGACCUUUUAGAGGGAGGAAGAGGGGCUUCCCGGGACCCUCCGAGUGUGGGUUAGGAUUGCUCCAGCACCCCGAGAGAGAGGAAUGAGGGGGUCGAGAUCGGCAUGCCUUCUUCACUCCCUGCCCUUCCCCCUUCUGUAGUGGAUUAGCAGUGACACAUUGCCAUCUGUACAUCUGUAAAAUGGUCAACAUUCAAUGACUUCCUCAAAUGCAAAACAAAUAGGAAAUCUGUACAACCCCCCUCCCCCGUCCUUUUCUUAUUAAAAAUUAAUUUGGUUGUCAUAUCCUGGCUGCACAUCACAGGGCUCUAGUUUGCAAGAGCUCCCCCUUUCAGAGUAAGCAGAGAGUCACGCCCGGAAUGUUUGGAAUGGGUAAGUUCUAAAACGAAAAAGGGGCGCGUCCCAAACUCCCUUCCCCUCCCAACACUAGAAGAACAUAACACUUACGUGUCGAUGUUUGAUUUAUGAUAGGAGUGUGAUCUAGCUAGUGGUAAGCUUUCAUACUGUACAUGCACCCAUACAAACCUUCACAUGCAAGCGAUUCAGGUCUGUUAAGGGUAACCUGUUUAUACAAAGUGAGCGAUAAUUUAAAGCUUGUUUGCAGAACUGUAUAGAUUUCAGAAGUGCUUAAAAUAAUCUCCAUAUCGGUGUAAGACCUACAGAAGUCUCCUGGAGGGCACAUAUUGCGUUCUGCAUGCAAAACGACGAAAUAAAUGAAGUGGCGUAACAACUCUGUGUAGCGAUGGUGGCUUCUUUAACAGUCUUGAGCAUUUUAACAAACGGUGCACUGUAUUGAUUUCCCCAAAACUUAAGCAAACCUUCUUUACUCCCGGGUUUAAGCGAGGGGUAUGCACGCGUGCGUGUGUGUGUUUUACACCUUUCUCCUUGUGUGGGCAAGCACUGAGGGUGUCUGAAGGAACCUGGAGCCAGCCCUGUAGUCUGAUCCUCAAGACAAGCUUUUCCAGCUUUACCCCGGGUCUGAGUGUUACCCUGCAGAGGGAGGUUUGUAAAGAGCGCUAGCUGGAUGAAAAUCCUCUUGCCUCACUGUUUACUAGAAAUCGCGUGGCUCUUUUGCUCUGCGGUUUUCAAAUGCAACACAGUCAAGUUUUAAACUGCUGCUUCCUAGUCGCUUCCUGUGCUGUAGGUCGUGUGGGAAGAUUGGAGUGAAUCUGACCGACAGCACAGGAAGUGUUGUAUAUUUAAAUAAAUCUGCACAAGACAAGGGAGGGCAGUGAUGACGUUAGCAGUGCUGAUAACACCUCGGGGUUAUAUAACUCCCUUGAAGUGACACUAAAGUGUUUUGAUGAAUGUAAUCGUCCGCCCCCCCUUUCCCCUGAAGGAUUGAUUCGCCCCAUUGGCCUGUGUAUAUUGGAAUAUACCAUCUGCCUCCAUUAGGGAUCUGCAUCACCUGUAUAAUCAGUGGUUUGGAAAAAAAAAAAAAAAAAAGUCGACUGAAAUGUACAAUAAAUUAAAAGCGUUUGCUUGUACUUUUCAUUUUGUAAAUUCAUUAUAACAAUAAAUUAAUUAAU